AUGGAUCCAAACGGAGUGAGUCCAGCCGACCUUCCUGCCUGCCUGGGUCAAGAAAUAUGUUUAUCGAGCCGAGCGACGCUGCACAUAACGUUUGAGAUUCCAAGCCGCUGUAACAUCGCCGGCGGUCAGCUGCAGAUUCUAUCCAUCAAACCAGGUGCGCGAGCGUUAAAUUUAACAGUUUGAUAGGUUAUUCGGGCGGAGCUCGGCUGCACUGCGAAUGCAGCGACUAUUGCGCUUCUUUCUUCUUGUUUUUCAUUUAUUCAGACUAUAACUUGGCUUUUCAAGAAAAGAAAACAUUUUUCGACUUUUGGACCAGCCCCACAAGAUAAUUACAAGUUCUCAAUUUAUUUUCAAAAAAAUUUUUUUCGAUCUUUGGCCUAUUUGAAAAUAGUUUUCUGUUCUCGAACAAAAUUCUCAUUUUAUAGAAAUAUAAUAAGACUUUUUUUCAAAACUAUACAUUCCACUAAAAAAUGAGAAACCAAUACAGUUUCUUUUGUUUUUGAUGUGCAGCUAGAGUUCCAAUUACAGAUUGCCUCUUUAAUUUUUUGGCUUUUCUAAAAAAAAUUGGUUUUUGCCUUCAAGCUGUUUUUAAACGAACCAAUUUAGUGACACUCGGAUUUUUGUAAUGUACUUUUUUGUGCCCCUCCUAUCCAAGUUCGAGAUAUUUUCUCGAAGCCUGUUUCCUGCGAUUUACCUUUAACAAAGUUUUUAAAAAAAUAUUUGAAACUCAUUAUUCCCUGAAAUUCAAUUAAAAUAGCUCUAUCGUUGGUAAACGAAGCUUAUCAGAUAAACAAAAUUUUAAAUUUCAAGUUCUGAAUAAGAACCCAACCCAUUGCGGCGCUUCAUCCUUCUUUUUUUUCGCUUUCUUCUCAGAUUUCUUUCUCACGUUUGGACACGUGCCAUCGGGAGGAAAAGCAAAAACUGUCCAGCGAACCCUUCGAUGAGUCGGUCAGCUGGCGCGUGCGCACGCUUUUUGACUUUUUUCCUUUCUUUCUUCGAAGCACCGGCCAUUCUGCUCGGCUUCUUUUUGUUGGCACUUUCAGCCGCGAAGGCGUCUCCGCUGCUAUUCAGCCAUUUGUGCGGUUAUCACACUCGGGCCGUCUUUGCUCUCUGUGACCUGUUCAAAACAAACAAAUGCGUCUAA